AUGGCGACUUGCGCCCGUCACAUACUCGAAGAGAUCCCUGUCAUGCAACUGGCGGAGACCCUUCUAGCAGAGAUACAGAAACAAGCCGAAUCCCUAAGCAUUGACUUGAUCACGGAACUGGCCAUAACACUCAAUGCUUCCUUGUUAGCGAUUACCCGGAUUCACAAUACACUGUCCCCCAUCAACAACCUGCCUCCGGAUGUUCUCGGUCUUAUCUUCCAGCUCGUACCGGAUGCACCAUACACAAGGGCUGCAUAUUACUAUGGGAAGGCCUUCAUGCACCCUCCAUGGUCGCCUUCCUGUGUAAACCCCGCGCCGUAUGUCAAACUGAGUCAUGUUUGUCGUCUCUGGCGUCACUUGGCGCUGGAUCUGCCUUCCCUCUGGGCCAACAUCGUACAAUCCCCGUUUGUCGCCGGUGCCGUGCCUACGGACGUCUUGCUGCGACGCUCGCGAUCCGCUCCCUUAAACGUCUACUGGACCGGCUAUCCUGGGGAAGCGUUGACGGCGCUGUUCUCUUCUCAAGACGCCCAGCGUAUCCGGUCGAUCUGGUGGGAGGGAAACGAAGCCAUAUUAUAUCCAGAAGAUCUGGGGUUUCCUGCACCCUCGAUCGAGUCGCUCACGCUUCUGGGUGUAGACAGGAUCUUUCAUAAGCGUGUGCGUAUGGCGCCCAUAUUCGACGCGCAGGCUUUGCGCAUUCGAUACUUAUCCCUUCGUGGUAUGUUGUGGCUACCAGCGAAUGACAUGCAUUCCCUCACACAGCUGCAACUCGCGAGUUACGAGUCCCCGGGCCUUUCUUCUGAUAUACUGUCUGUGCUAGAAAGGACACCCAACCUCGUCGAUCUAGUGCUGUCUCGAAAUCGCGACACAUCUGUCCAAUUUGAUUCCCGACUCGUCUCGCUCCCCAAAUUACGCAGGAUCGUAUUUCAGCACCGAUUGGAUGAUAUCGGCAUCGCAGCGGUGCUAACACACCUGGAGGUGCCAGACAGCACGGCGUUACGGUUGCGCUACUUCAUGCCGUAUAAAGUUGAAAAUCUCAUCAAGCUGUCCCGCUCACCUGUAGUGAGGACUGCCACCAAAGUCUUCAUAACGCAGGAUUCGAACGUCUGCGAAGUCGUCGCCGUCGGGCCGGCCUCCGGGGUCGACAUCAUCACGGAGCUGUGUGACAGGGACGACACCGUCGGCUUUGCACCGCUGUUUGCCAUGCUCUACGCGGAGCUUCCGUUACUGCAAAUCCGGGAACUCUGGAUUGUGGAGAGGGAGGGUGCCUUCCUGCCGUUGUCCGGUCAAUACAAUCGCUUCGUCCCGAUGCUGCGACAGAUGCGGAAUUUGGAGAAGCUAUUGGUCAUGGAGGAGAACCUGCACCGCAUCAUCGAUGCCCUCCUUGCACCCACGGAUUCCUCUCGGUUACCCCUCUUUCGCAGGAACAUGACGGUGCAUAUCAUCGUGCAGUUGCCUGACGUCGAUAUGGGGGCACUCACGGGGGUCGUGGUACGCCUUGCAGAAAUCGGCGUUAUGCGCCUUGUCAUAGCGUACCACCGCCAGUACACCGGCCCUCGGUUCGACCAUGCAUUUCUCGGCUGUUUAUUCGAGUCGGUGUUGGAAGUUGCGUUGGGUACGAAGGAGUUGUCGAACAUGCACAAUGAAUUGCCACCGGCUCUUACCGACCUAUACAUUGUACGUGACAUGUAA